CGGAGUGGACAAGUCCAAAACAUUUGUAAGAAAACGCUAAACCGUUGCUGAACGAUAGUCUGUCAGUGAUGCAGUGAAUUAUUUAGCAUUUAUGAACCAGGAUGGCCUCCUUUGGCUGGAAGCGUAAGGUGGGGGAGAGAGUUUCCAAGCAGACAGUGCAGCAGUUUGAGCAGGACUCGGAGCAGGCGGAUGAGGAUGAAGUGGAGCGGGAGGGAGUUGACUGGCUGCAUGUGAUCAAACGGAAAAGAGAGGUGCUGCUGGAGGACUGUGCUGCUAAAAGCAAGAGACUAAAGGAAGAAGGAGCACUGCUUGCUGAACAGGACAGGAACUGGGAGGCAUUGAAGAAGUGGGACGAGGCAGUUCAGCUCACACCAGAGGAUGCCGUGUUGUAUGAGAUGAAGUCCCAGGUGUUGAUCACCCUUGGAGAGGUGUUUCUGGCAGUACAGUCUGCAGAGAUGGCCACCAGACUCCGCCCCAUCUGGUGGGAGGCAUGGCAAACCCUGGGCCGCGCUCAGCUAAGUCUUGGAGAAGUGGAACUAGCUGUACGGUCUUUCCAAGUGGCGCUGCACCUGCAUCCGUCUGAGCGUCCUCUCUGGGAGGAAGACCUUGACUGGGCUUUAAAGCUCCGGGAGAACCAGCGAUCUCUCCGUGAAAAAGCGUCCCAGGAAGAAGAAGCCCGAAGGCUCCUUGCGGAAGCUCCCGAGUUAAAAGGCGAUUAUGAUUUUGAAAGCGAUGAAGUGAUUCAGGCUUGCUCCGCCAUGGCUGAUAGGCAGAAGCAAUAUGAGGACUUGAAGAAAAAGGCUGUAGUUGUGGAUGCACACGGGGAGGCCAAAGAGAUGCUUGUUGAGGAGGACGACAAUCCAACUUCCUCCUCACAGAGUGCUUUAAUCAAAGCACGAGGACUCUAAGGGAAAUGGAGGCUGUUUGUGUGUCUCCUCUUGUAUAUUAUCACAUAUGUAUGAUUUAUUUAAAUGGAAAGUUCUCCCAAAAAUGAAAACAUACUCACCCUCUCAAGUGGAUCCUACUGUAACCAUUAUGAGUUUUCUUUUGAAGAGAUGAGAUAUUUUGAAGAAUGCCUUUUCAUAGUUGGAAAAACAGAUACUAUGGAGGUCAAUGGCUGGACAGUAGUUAACAUUCGAAGUGAUUAAAAAAAGUUUUUCAAAAUUGUCCUUGGACAGGAAUGGGUGCCAUUCAAUAGUUUUAAGACAACUUUGGUGAAAGGUAGUGAUCCACUUCAAAUGUUGACUACUGUAUAUCAAAAUAUCAAUUUAUCAAAAUAUAAUUUAAAUGACUGGCUUCCUUGCGUUUAAUGAAGUUAUUAUUCCUAGUAAAUUUGUAUAGUACACUGAAAAAAUGAUGUCUGCAAAAUGUAUAUGGGUUAUAAUGGGUAUAAUGUUCAACUUAAUUUGUUUGUAUAAAUUCAGCCCAAAUAAAUUGUUUACAACUGCUACACUUAAAAAUAAUUCGUAAAUCCAAGGAAUCGCCUUUGAAUAUUUUUUUCAGUGUAAGCACCAGAUUCUCAAAAGAAUGUCAGAUUCAUUGAUAUCAUUUUCAUUUGUCUAAAGGGAUAUAAACUCAUUUCUUUUACUGAAGCAUUUUGUGGUUAUUUUUUGUUUUGUUUUGAUGGUGCUAAUCAUUGAUUUUUUUAAGUUACCAAAAUAGCAAAGCAAUCUCUUCUUAAUGUUAAUCUUGAAUAGAAAUACUAUCUAUACCAAUCUGCUUUGUCUGUCCCCAUCAUGUGAGAUGUGUGUUCUGUAGGAAUUUACUAAAAUUAAAAAUCUGGGUUGAGACGUGAAUGGUGGAUGUGCUUGGCCAAAAAUUGGAAAUGCGAAUUAAUAUUGAUUUAUUGUUUUUAAAAAAUAAUAUAGAUUUUACUAAUUGAAAUCAAUAACUUAAUGACUGUGACACAAAAUGUGACCUGAACAAUACAGUGGCCACAAUUAUUAGAAUAGAGUUUUAAAAUAGAGCAUAUUUUAGACUUUAUUUUAAUUGAAUUGGUCUUUGCUGUAUACAAAGUCCUCAUUAUGCAUUAUAAUUAGAUUUAGAUCGCUUUGCUUACUAAAAACAAGCUAGGCCUAUUUCACUGCAAGUGUCACACAAUCAUGUUCCUUCACAGAAGUAGCCAAAUUACUUGUGUAAUCAUUGUCAGGCGCGGGAAGCGUUAGUGUUGAAGUUCUCAGGAAAUAUAUUGACACUGUGCCAGAGAGAUGCUGUAAUUGCUGACAUUGGUGGACAUAUCAAAUGCUACUGGUAAAAAUGAAAAAAAAAAAAAAACUGGUAUGACUCACUUCCUUUGAUAUUUGUUGUGCUCAGUCAAAG